CCGCAGGCACGAAAUUCUGAUCGCCUCGAGGCUUUUUUGAAUCCAACCCGACGGCGUUCUCGAGGAAAUUCCCCCCCUCAUCCCUCCGGACACAAUGGCGUCGACUUCUCAGCCCCCGAUUCGGCUUACCUCCCACAAGAACUUCGUCUAUCGCUUGGUCUUCUCCACGUUGACUGGCCGGACCGUCCACAUCUCGCAAAUCCGUCCUUCGUCCCCGACGAAUCCCGGUCUCGCGCCGCAUGAAAUCUCUUUCCUUCGUCUCCUCGACGCCGUCACCAAUGGCUCGCAGAUGGAAAUCUCCUACACGGGUACGAUCGUCGUGUACAAGCCAGGCCUGAUCACCGGCAGCGCUACGGGCACCGGCGCCAGUGGAGGCGUGAUUCGCCAUGAGCUCCCCGCAGGGUGCACUCGUGGUGUGAGCUACUUCCUCAUCCCGCUGUGUCUCCUGGCGCCCUUCUCCAAGGCGCCGAUCAAGGUGACGUUCACGGGUCCCGGCGUGAUCACCUCGGCCACCCCGACGGGCGACAUGUCCGUCGACAGUGUGCGCACGGCCAUUCUCCCUCUCUUCAACCAAUUCGGCAUCUUCAACAACAUCGAGCUGCGCAUCCUCAAGCGAUCCAACCCGGGCCCCAACGGUCGCGGCGGCGGUGGGGAAGUCCAGUUUGUGUUCGGCCACCAGCUGCGACUCCCGAAAACUCUGCACCUGAUGAACCCCGGUCGGAUCAAGCGGGUGCGUGGUGUGGCCUACGCGGUGGGUGUCUCGGCGUCCAACAAUGCCCGGAUGAUCGAAACCGCCCGUGGCAUCCUCAACCCUCUGGUACCCGACACCUACGUCUUCUCUGAUGUGUCGUCGGCGCCCUUCGUGCCUGCGCCGGAGAAGAGCAACCCGUCCGGAAAGAAGAAGAUCGGCCUUGGCUUUGGCCUGUCCCUGGUCGCUGAGUCGUCAACGGGGUGCCUGUUCUCCGCCGAUGUGGCAUCGCCGCCCUCCGGUGGUGAGGCGCCUGAGGACAUUGGGAAGCGAUGUGCCUACCAGCUGCUGGAGACCGUCUCCAAGGGUGGCUGCGUUGCCCCUGCAGCCGUGCCGGUCAUGCUUGGUCUGAUGACCAUGGGAUCGGAGGACGUGGGUCGUAUCCAAGUCGGCCGGGAGGUGAUGGCUGACGAGAGCACCAUCCAACUGGCCAGGGACCUGGCCAAAUUCGGGGCCCCCGGCUGGGGUCUUCGCGAUGCCAGUGGUGAGAACGAGAAUGGAGACGUGAUCAUCAGCGUCGUUGGCCGCGGCAUCGGCAACGUUGGGCGCAAGGUCGCUUGAGCGUGAAACACAUUGUUUCAUCGCCUCACCUCACUCCGCGGGGUUGGCAUGUUCGAGUGUCAUCGCUGUACCCGAUUGAAUCAUCUGUUCUUGGUCU